GUCCUCCCUCCUUUCCCGUCCCAGGACGCGUUGCGCGGCCCGGGCCGGAAGUAAGCGAAUUCCCGGGUGUGUGUCUGUGUCUGUCUGUGUCUCGCAGCGGCGCGCGGCCCCGGACAAGCGCUGGGGAUUCCCGUUUGAGGCGUCACUACUGUCACUGCCAUCACCCCACGGAGCCACUUCUAGAGGGGAGUAGACCCGGCCCUUCGCCGGGCAGAGAAGAUGUUGCCCCUGUCCAUCAAGGACGAUGAAUACAAACCACCCAAGUUCAAUUUGUUCGGCAAGAUCUCGGGCUGGUUUAGGUCUAUCCUGUCCGACAAGACGUCCCGGAACCUGUUUUUCUUCCUGUGCCUGAACCUCUCUUUCGCUUUUGUGGAACUACUCUACGGCAUCUGGAGCAACUGCUUAGGCUUGAUUUCCGACUCUUUUCACAUGUUUUUCGAUAGCACUGCCAUUUUGGCUGGACUGGCAGCUUCUGUUAUUUCAAAAUGGAGAGAUAAUGAUGCUUUCUCCUAUGGGUAUGUUAGAGCGGAAGUUCUGGCUGGCUUUGUCAAUGGCCUAUUUUUGAUCUUCACUGCUUUUUUUAUUUUCUCAGAAGGAGUUGAGAGAGCGUUAGCCCCUCCAGAUGUCCACCAUGAGAGACUGCUACUUGUUUCCAUUCUUGGGUUUGUGGUAAACCUAAUAGGAAUAUUUGUUUUCAAACAUGGAGGUCAUGGACAUUCUCAUGGCUCUGGCCAUGGACACAGUCAUUCCCUCUUUAAUGGUGCUCUAGAUCAGGCACAUGGCCAUGUCGAUCAUUGCCAUAGCCAUGAAGUGAAACAUGGUGCUGCACAUAGCCACGAUCGUGCUCAUGGACAUGGACACUUUCAUUCUCAUGAUGGCCCCUCCUUAAAAGAAACAACAGGACCCAGCAGACAGAUUUUACAAGGUGUAUUUUUACAUAUCCUAGCAGAUACACUUGGAAGUAUUGGUGUAAUUGCUUCUGCCAUCAUGAUGCAAAAUUUUGGUCUGAUGAUAGCAGAUCCUAUCUGUUCAAUUCUUAUAGCCAUUCUUAUAGUUGUAAGCGUUAUUCCUCUUUUAAGAGAAUCUGUUGGAAUAUUAAUGCAGAGAACUCCUCCCCUGUUAGAAAAUACUCUGCCUCAGUGCUAUCAGAGGGUACAGCAGUUGCAAGGAGUUUACAGUUUACAGGAACAGCACUUCUGGACUUUAUGUUCUGAUGUUUAUGUUGGGACCUUGAAAUUAAUAGUAGCACCUGAUGCUGAUGCUAGGUGGAUUUUAAGCCAAACACAUAAUAUUUUUACUCAGGCUGGAGUGAGACAGCUCUACGUACAGAUUGACUUUGCAGCCAUGUAGUGAAUGGAAGGAAAUUAUGCACCUUUUAUGGACCAAAUUUUUCUGCCACUAAGAAUUUCAGAUUAUGGGCCUCCAGUCUUCUGGAAUGUCUUCACUGAAGCUGCUGGAAACCACUGCUUUCAUUCCCACAAAACCAGUGUUACUUUUUUUUAAAAAAGAAAGAAAUUGGAAAUCUGUUCUAUACGUAAUGUCACAAUUGUUGACGUUCUUCAGUAUAAUCGUGUUUGUAAAAUUGUUUGUACCUUGCAAACUUAUGAACCAAACCAUAUUGGGUUUUCAAAGUGCCUUUGUAUCCAAAAACGUAUUUGCCAGCAUAGAAAUGUACCAUCAAGAGUCAUGUAUGUUUUAUUUUUUAUUUUUUGAGAUGGAGUCUCGCUCUGUUGCCAGGCUGGAGUGCAGUGGCGUGAUCUCAGCUCACUGCAACCUCCGCCUCCCGGGUUCAAGCUAUUCUCCUGCCUCAGCCUCCUGAGUAGCUGGGACUACAGGCGCACGCCAUCACGCCUAGCUAAUUUUUGCAUUUUUAGUAGAGACGAGGUUUCACCAUGUUGGCCAGGAUGGUCUUGAUCUCUUGACCUAGUGAUCUGCCCGCCUCAGCCUCCCAAAGUGCUUGGAUUACAGGUGUGAGCCACCACGCCUGGCUAUGUAUUUUUUUUUUAAUGGAUAUUCUGUAAUCUGUAUAAAACAAGCCUAUUGCUAGUAAUGUAUACAAAUUGUCUUUUUGUGUACUUCCAGCAUAGGUUUGGAUAUAUGAACAUUUUUCUUUUAUUGUUUUAUCUUUACAGAAAAUAAAAGGUGUUAAUUUGCUUUUUAAAACAAAUUUAAUUAUCACAUUUUAAAUUACUUUGUGGACUGUGUUUUCAAAACUUUGCAAAUUCAUCUGUUACAUAGAAAAUUUUGACUUAAAACAUCUGCUGAAUUCCAAAUUUCUGUAAAAGCUACUGUAUCUGUGAUAAACUUUCCUAUAUCUUUCCUUGCCAUUUCUAUGGAUUGUAUAAUGAAAGAAAAAGGCAUUGGAGACUGAAGGCAGAAAUGGUUGUGACAGUGCUGUUUGGCUUUUUCAUUCUUCAAAUGCCAAGUCAUCCACUUUGUUUUCCUGUUUAGGCUUUGCACAAAUACAAUUGCUUUCAGGAAUCCUAAAGCAGCAUUUUAUUGAGUUUGAAUUAUUAAAGGUACAGAGGAAAUGUGGUGAUGUAGAACUUUUCCUAACACAAGUAUCUAGGAAGUAAGUGCUAAGUUGAUUUUCUAGGUUCUUACAUAUUUGAAAAAUAAAAUUGCAAUUUGAGAUAAGUGCUUGAGCACUCUACUUAAGUAUUCUCUGUGUUUUAUGAAGAGAAAAUGAUCUGAUUUUCCCAUCAUACUUCAUUUUACAAUACAUAUUCCCUUUUAACUUUAAAAAAUUGUAAAUGUGGGAGAAAAAACCCUGCAGGAUGGAAAUGAUGAUUAAGAAUGUAGAUCAAUAAUAAGUACUUUUUAGUGAUGUGGCAGAAAUCCCUGUUGAUUCUAAGUUUUAGAGUGUCUUUUCCCCUAUUUCUGACCUACAACUAUAAACUGCUCUCUAUUAGGAGAACUAGACCACUUUCUUCAUUCUUUUCUAAACUGCUACAGAUCGCUAUGAACUCUAUCAAUAGUCUCUUUUCUGCAGGCAAAGUAGUAUUUUCUAAAUAUGUUUGCUUACUGCCAGGUGGUUCGAAAUCUAUGAUUUACUGCAGUAGUAUGUGCUUAAAACAACUGUUGAGGUCUUUUAAGCGGGAAAGUUCAAAAGGAAGUGUCCUGAUAAUGGUACUGGUUUUUCUACAAAUAUAAGUAGUCAUUUAGAAGUUUGCAACCACCACCAAAUCUGAGAGAACUCUGGAAUAUUCUGUGGGUUUUGGCAUAUUAGAUAGAGAAAAUGACAGAUCUAGAUGAAGGGAGAUUUUGGAUGUGUGCCUUUAAAAACUGAUUAUGUAUAACUACUGAUAUUUCACAUAUGGAGAUAUUUGAAGACCCAAGUCUGCCUUUCAUAGAGCCCUCCAUUCCAAGUUUAGUUUUUGUUAAAAUAUGAAUCAUUUUAUUUGACUGUACUAUCAGUACACAAAUGCAUGAGUAUGUUUAUAUAGUGUUAGACUGAUGCGAAUUUGUUACAUGACAUUGCCAGCUCAUAUCAUUUAGCAAGUUGGCAUUAACAUUUAUGCUUUAAUUAAAUGCCAGUAUACCUAUGUGUGCAGCAGUAAAAAAUUAGUGAGAAAAAGCAACUUUUUGUCACUCUUAGGAAAUAUUUUGUCUUAUUAGUGUUCUUGGCACAUGUGUAUUACUAAAGUAGAUAAUUCCAAUGAGAAAUACUACCUGAUUGUUAUAAAAUUAAUUUACUAUGUCCCUGAUAUUGGGCUCUUACAAAAAACAAACAAAACUUGUAUCUGAGUGUAACUUUGCCAAUAUUUUAAAAGCCAAAAUAUUCUCUGGACAACAAAUUUGUAUUGCUCAGGGACAGUUUACCUUGCCUGGUAAACCUUCCCAAACAGAAACAUAGCUAUACUAUCUUUGGUUUUGGUUUUUUGGUUUUUUUUUUGUUUGUUUCUUUUAGAUGGAAUUUCACUCUUGUCACCCAGGCUGGAGUGCAAUGGCGCAGUCUCAGCUCACUGCAACCUCUGCCUCCCAGAUUCAAGUGAUUCUCCUGUCUCAGCUCCCUGAGUAACUGGGAUUACAGGCGCACGCCACCAUGCCCGGCUAAUUUUUGUAUUUUUAGCAGAGACGGGGUUUCACCACGUUGGCCAGGGUGGUCUUGGACUCCUGACCUCAGGUCAUCCUCCUGCCUCAGCCUCCCAAAGUGCUGAGAUUACAGGCGUGAGCCACCGCGCUCAGCCACUAGCUUUGGUUUUUUAAACAUAGAUUAUAUUCCUCAAGAUGAAGGGCGUAACAUACCCACAGCUUCCUCAGUUUGCUAACUCCCCAUGCAUCUUUGUGAAGGACAGUGUCUAGUUUAUCUGUAGGUCAGUGUUCCUUGUGCUGUCAUUUCCCUUAUAUGUGGAAUUUGUCAGCAUUCCUGAAAACCUACACAUAUAUAUCAGUAACCAAAAUGCUAUGACUUUUUUGCACCUUUGUACAGCAGCCAAAUCAUGAACUCAAAAUGUAUUUGAUCACAGUUCCAUAAUGUUUUUACCUACCUACUAUGGAAUAAUCAGUUUUUACAGGGAUUAUUAAUAUGGUAGAACCCUGUUAUGUAAUGCCAAAACUUAAGAACCAUAUUUACAUUGCUUAACACAGAAUUUUACAUCUAAGCAAGGACUGGCUUUAGAAGCAGUCUAGUUCUACCUCUCAUUUUACAGAUGAGAAAACCGAAGCCCAGAAAAGCUCUCAUUUGCCCAAAGUCACAGAGAUAAUUAGUGGCAAAGCCAAAAAGAUUCAGAUCUUCUGACUCAAAGUUGAGAGUUCUUUAUACUCUAUUAUGCUGCCUCUCCAAUGUAAUAUUUGCCUUUCUGUAAGUGGGAUUAAAUAUGAUUUGUAAAUAAAGGACAUCUGACCUCCUUUUUUGGUACAUUAAGGCACUUUAUAAA